AUGCAUUAACUAGAAUUUAGCUACUAAGCACUAAACAUGUAUAAUAAAGCCACUGUUGCACUGUUUCCAUAUAGUAUAAAUAGGUAUGAGGAGACCAACUGAGAAGUGUGAGAGCUAAUUUGGGCUACCUGAAAACUGAAGUUAAGUCAAGGGAUUUGUGCUCUGUAACUGCUUCUGCCAUAGGUGCCCCAGCUGACCUCUGAAGUAUUUUAAUGUUCCCUGUAAAUAAUGUGACUUCUGUGGCUCCUGCUUAUUGUUUGCCAGAAUUUUUUCUAAUUAGUGAUAAAUCUAUUUUUGAGUCAAGGUCUGCUGUCUAAAGCCACUAGAGUAUAAAAUGAGAAAUUUUGGCUGAAAAAUUAGGGGCUUUGGAACCCAGAAAAAAAUCAAUAUAAUGCAUUUCAGUUAUCAAAAAGUACCAGUGCUGGGAUCAUAUGGAUCCAACCACUAUCACACAAUCACAAAUGGCAUCAGCAUAAAACAGUGGGCAAGAAAUCACUUGUUUCAAAAUGCUCUAAGGUUUAGUAACUGGCAUUAGCAAGAUUCUACAUUUUGAAAAGCAUGAGUAAGCCAAAGUAGAUACUUCUUUGCUACAUCCAAUUAUGUUUCUAGUGGUAUUCUCUCUAAUAAUCUUCAUCUUUUAUAAAUAUAGAUCAAAUGAAAGUCAAGUGAGUAAAAUAAUUUUCUGUAGCUUAAAUUAAACCAUUUGUCAUUUUAUCAUGGAGUCUAAGAACUCCACAUUUUCCAAAAAUAAUUUUCUCCUAAAAAUGGUAUUUUUCUCUGUGAUCUGAAGAAUCAGUAAAGUAUCAGUGUGUAUGGGUUGUAUCAUACCCAUAGAUACUUAGAAGUAAAGGGUCUGUUUGUUGAUGUGUGACAUCCGUGUCCAUAACAGAGUUUGGCUAAUUAUCAGGCUAUGACAUUCAGCAUGGCUGGCUUCUGCAUUUGUCUCUGCUACUGUCAUUGUCUUGAAACAAGACUUGUAAACUCUCCAUACCUCAGUUUGUCCAUCUUUGGAUUUGUUGUGGGUUUUGCCACGUGCUUUACUGGGGGACCUGUGUGAUCUUGUCCUUUGAAGGUUGUAAAUUGUAUUAUUGAAAUUAUUACCACUUAAUGAAAUGUGGUAACUUCUCUGGUUGAUUACAGUCUGAACAUAAAUACUAUAAUUUGUGAUAAAAGUAUGAAUACUUUGGUUAUCAGUAUCCUUGUCCCUCUCUUCCAUUCUUAAAGGGAAUGGGACUUUGGGUUCCUUACAGGGAUCGAGCAAAGUGAGAAAAGGAUAUAAAUAUGAACAAUUUCCUCUUCUUCCUCCCAUGUCAAUCUGGUCCGUGUUAUCUUCAUCACAUUGUGUUCAUGUUUGAUGAAAAUCGUAAUUUUUAAGGACAUUUUGAAAGAAUAUGGGGUUGGUUUGAAGGUGCUAAAAAUAGAGAGGUAGGAAAGACAGUUAAGGAGUGUGAAGGUAGUUAGAAGGAAUGACUAUGAGGAUGAAAGCUAAAAGAGGAAAUUACACGGAUACUUGAAAGGUGAGAGGUAAGAAAUGUGAAGAAGUGACAGCGUAUCACAUGGAGUGAAGAAGAAUGAAGUGGAAAGUGGCAAGUGCCACGUGGAGGCAGGAGGUGUUUGCAGAAGCAAGAAGAGGUGGCAGUGUCAUCUGUGGAGGCGGAGAGGAGAGAGUGGAUUUAAGAAGCCCUGGAAGAGAGAAGCUGAAGAAACUGAAUGUUGCAGUUAAGCUGCAGGGAUAAGAGAACAGAAUGCUCAUGAACAGACAUGAAGAAGGAAACCAGCAUGGACUUCCAAGCCUACUACUGCAGAGGUGUCUACCUGAAGAACGUGAAAGCCUAUAGAGUUUCUUUGCAGAGUUACUUUCCAGAGCAGAUCCUAGAUCCUGAUCAUUUCAAUGGUGAUGUAACAGUAAAUUUUGGAACUUCAAAUGGACACACUGUAGCCAUUGGUGAAGAAACCAUACAGGAAGAAAAUGUGGUAAAAGCCAGUGGAAAUAAUGGCACUUUAUCAGAGAAAGCAUCAGCAUCAGAAGGAAAAAAAGAAGAUCAGAAAGAGAGCACUGGUCACUGCCCAGAAAUACCGACAUCCCAUGCUCCACCACUACCUAAGCCUAAGCCUAAACAUAAAAAAGCUCCGCUACCACCAAAAAACGCCAUUGCCGCUUCCACUACCACCAGCCAUAAGGGUAACGAAGCACCUCAUGCUAAAAAAAAGGGAAAGGCUCCUGCUAAGCAGCCUCCUCUCCCGCCGCCCAAGCCAACGGGUGCCAGUGCAAAUCGAGAAGCUGCUGGUUCCUCUCAUGCAAAAAAACUACCAGUCUCCAAGUCUUCUUCAUCACCAUCUCCUUCGUCCACGUCAUCUCAUCCCAAAGCCUCUAAGGAGACUUCCAGCAAAUCUGGCACAUCAGGGACUCCAAGGGGCAAGAAAAAACCUGGGAAACAGUCAGCCCCACGAACAGCACCAGACGGGGCUGCUUCUUCCCCCUCAGGUGCGACAGCCGACAGUUUGGAAGCGAAGGCAGAAAAACCCAAGCCUGAGCAAACUUCCAUAGUAGUUUUUGAAACGGAGAACGCAGACCAGUCGAGCAAGCUUGUUGUGCCCCCUCCUCCCACCGCUGCCCCUCCUCCACCUCCACUUCCACCUCCUUUUCCUGCUGCAGCUAGUCAGCCUGCUGGCUCCUCAGAUGCCCAGGAUGUGUCAGACAGCUGUGUGGCAGGGCCACGCAGCCCUGGGUCAGACACAAAGCCUCUUGUCCCAACUGAGCGUGGCACAGAGCAGAGUCUGAGCAGUGCAGCCCUAGGCAGCGCUCCGGAUGCCGGAGGAGAAGACGCGGAAAGCUUGGCUACCAAAGAAGACCAGGAAGGGGAGACUCCAGAUGAAGCAUUCUCUGAGCUAGUGGAGGAGGCUUCUGACGCUGCUGCCCCUCCUGAGAGUGAAAGCAGCAGAGAGAGCCAUGGCAGUGACUCGGACUCGGACGGGCCGAUCCUGUACACAGAUGAUGACGAUGAUGAUGAUGAUGACGAGAAUGCAAGUACUGAAAGCUCUUUGGCAAGUAAAAUUCGUCGUAGGGAUACUCUUGCUAUCAAACUUGGCAACAGACCAUCUAAGAAAGAGCUGGAAGACAAAAACAUCUUGCAGCGUACAUCCGAAGAGGAGAGGCAGGAAAUCAGACAUCAGAUUGGAACAAAGCUUGUGAGGAGACUUAGCCAGAGGCCCACAACUGAAGAGCUGGAGCAAAGAAAUAUCCUGAAGCAGAAGAAUGAAGAAGAGGAACAGGAAGCCAAAAGAGAAAUAAAACGUAGACUCAGUAGAAAGCUCAGUCUGAGGCCUACAGUGGCUGAACUUCAAGCGAGAAGAAUCCUUCGAUUUAACGAGUACGUGGAGGUCACGGAAUCUCCGGAUUACGACCGUCGUGCUGACAAGCCUUGGGCCAGGUUAACUCCUGCAGACAAGGCAGCAAUACGGAAAGAACUGAAUGAAUUCAAAAGCACAGAAAUGGAAGUACACGAGGAAAGUCGGCAAUUUACCAGGUUUCAUCGUCCAUAACUGUUUGACUACAUCCCAUAUUUCAAGUAACAAUUUUCUUUGGGGAAAUCAUUGCGUCCUGAAGACCUGAAAUUGCACUGGAACUUGACUGAGUAUGAGUGUGUGCUAGAGCUUACCCUGAGGCUAAUGAAGAAAGUGGCCCUUGUCUUUGUCAAUGGACAAAUGAUUAGUCUAGGAGGAGAACCCACAGGAAGUGUUUGUCUAUGUCCAGACAAACCACGGUUCUGUGGCCAGCCCACAUGGACAAGCCAGUGGACUUCUUUGUCAGAGCUCCACGAGUCAGGAAGUGCUGAAGACAAUCGCUGGAGAGCCUGCUGCCAGGAUCUCAUCGGGCUUCACGGGGUUGGGACUGAGGGUAGCAAAGAGGGAGGGGGUGACAAAAGAGCUGAGAGCUGGGGGAAAAGAGACUUUGUCUGUCAGUCCACAGAGCUAAGUGGAAUGGAUGGGACUGCUCAACAAUGCAUUUGGCCAGUGGGAAGAAUUAUUUUUUAAAAGAAAGAGAGUCUAAGCAACUGUGCAUGUAGGUUUUUUCAGUGGCUGCAGCCUGUCUUAAAAA